AUGCACAUUAUUAUCUUUAACAAUGAUAUGUAUAUAUUGACAGUUCUGUUAAACCUUUCCCUCAAACACACUUUUUCAUUAUCACAAUACGAGAAGCCAAUGCCAUUUCUGAAGCACAUACCAUGUUUAUACGCUAAGAAUAACCAGAAACCCUGCUGGGACUCCUAUUCUUACCAUAUUAACACUUCAAAGAUAGUUUAUGCUACAAAAGCAUGCGAAUCUAAGAGCAGUGGUUCUGAAGUUUAG